AAACAUAACUAUAUAAUAGUAUAUCAAUUUUUUUGACUAUAAUACUUCUUAAUGAAGAGUUUAAAUUUUUUUUGAUAAGUGUCUAUUUCGUUUUUUUUUUACUUUCUACUUUUAAGUAUCCCAUAGAAUAUUUGAAUUAGGCCAUCAAGCAAGUUAAUGGAAGCGUUUCAAUAGUGAUUUUUUUUUUUUUGACUAGUCAAGAUGCCGGUCGUUUGGGAGUCUUUCAUGGAUCCCCAACCUUUAUAUCACGGCAAGAACAAUCAAGAGAACCUUGCAAUCAAUGUUCAAUUCGUAAAUGCAAUGCGUCAAUCUGUCUCCACUACAGCAAAUAGUACUUUUGAUCCCAUUUCACAAAAUGAUACAUUUCUUACCUCAAUUGAUUCUCUACCCAAUACCACGCGUCAAAGCGUAUCCUUUUCAAUGUCACAUGAUACUGUUAAUGUACUUUCUACAGAGUCUGACAAAACAAAUAUGGAAACCACGGAUUCUUUACAUAACACUUUGCAUAUAAACUAUUCUCAUGAUAUCUACAGAAAUUCUUCACCAACAUCGCCAGGAAUAUCUCAACCAUUUUUUAAAUCUCUCUUAGCAUAUAAAAAUUUAUGUCCCAAUGUCUCACAACAAAAUUUUUCGUCUAAUUUAUCUUCUAAAAGCGCGCAAUCUCUAUCUCCUCCAUCUCCAUUAACUGAACAAUCACGCAGUAAAUUAACUCCGUUUCAUUCAAUUAAAACUUCAUUGUUGAAUGAUGGGAAUCCUAUUCUUUCAUCUCUAUCUUAUUUUUCUACUCAAGCAUCAGAUUUGCAACAUUCUAAUCCUACAAAUUUACCACUCUACUGUUUUAGUAAUAUGUCAUCUUGUGAACAAUCGCUUCAAGAACACGAUUUGCUUCGAUCUUCAACUGCAGAAUCUUGUGUUUCGAAAAAAAAUUUCAAGUCAAAUUGUGAAACUGACGUAAACCAACACUUUAACAAUUUAAUAGAAACACAAGUUAAAAGUACUCCUUUGUUACCCGUGUUUAAUUUAUUAAAUACAGCGGUAUGGAAGGGAUCUUUGAUAGGGCGAGGAUACUCAGGAACAGUUCAUCGUGGUGUGGGUGUUAGAUUUUCGGAUUCUGAAAAAAAUAUUCAAACUCCUCAACCAGUAGCUUUGAAAAUUUCUGAUAAAAAAGUGAUGGAAUUCACAAGAAAAACUAAAUUAGUAACGUUCUCUCGCGAAUUUGAAGUAUUAAAGUUAUUAUAUAAAAAGGGCGUUCCAGUUCCAAAACCCUUAAAUUUUUCCGUUAAUACGGAUGCCAACGGGAGUGUACAAACCGUUUUAACAAUGGAUUUCAUAGAAGGAUUAACAUUAAGGGAUUGGAUAAAUUCACAAACUAAUUCUGUGUUAUAUGAUAAACCAACGGAUCGUACCCUUCACCCUUGCAAUACACCUAAAGAAGCAUUGGAACGCAUUGAUGUCGCUUUGGGCUUAUUAGAUGCUCUACAAAAAUUACAUGAGUUUGGUAAUUUUGUCGAUCUAAAACCUCGAAAUAUCAUGGUGACCAGAGCUACGUCAGCUGAUAAACAGGCUAGCAAAUGGACAUCACAGUGGAAAGUUUUUCUUGUGGAUAUGGGAGGUGUACUUUUACGUUCGGAUAUAGAUGCAACUGGAAAACAUAAUUUAUGUCCACCGCAAUCUUUCCAACAAGAAACACUCUUAACAAGAGGUGUGGGUGAUGCCCAGGAAGCGCGUGAUAUAGAAAUAUCACCUUUACUACAUCGUCAGCUAUUAGAAACAACCUGUUCCUAUAUAUCUCCUGAGAUAGCCGCAGCCGUGAUGGAGUAUGAACUAUUACAUAAUUGUUUAUCAAAUCAUUUUAAACAGUGUACAAGAGAUUAUUUUAAUGAUCCCAAACGUCAUUGGAAUGAUCUUUGUCGUGAUGUCUAUAAAGAUCUGGUGAAAAAACUUAUAAAAGACGGUAUUCUUCAAAACACACAAAAUUUCAUCAAUUCUCAAAGUUUUCUGUUUCAUUCACGGUUAAAAAAUAUAAAAGAUUGUUUUUUCUUAUUUUUCAUACAUAUCAGUGCAUCAUAUGGGGUACGCGGAAACGGAAACAUUUUUAUAGGAGAAUCCUCAUCAAUGUUUUCAUUAGGAUUGAUUUUCGUUGAGUUGUUCGGAGGUCAUCGAACGGGUUUAACUGGAUUUCGUCAUGUUCCUGUGAUUUCGAACUGGUUUUCCAAUCCUUCUUCAAAUAAGUCAACACAAGACGAUUGUGAGUUUCGUAUCGCAUUAGAAUGGAAUCUUCCUCAAUUUUGUAUCAAUUCGAACAACCUGCCAACUUCUGCGACGUGUAUGACUUUUUCCUCUGUGAAUCGCAUAAGACAAGCAGAUGAACUAAACGUACCAAUGAAUUCAUUUAAAAAAAAAACAUGUGAAAAGAUUGUCCAAUGUAACGAAAAUAAUUCAGAUGAUACAGAAAAACGACAACACCUCUCCUCAUUUCAUGACCUUUUUAAACUGUUUAAUUAUCCGAAGGAAGGGUUGUUAUCUGUAGCUAAUGAUAGAAAGAAUUCCUUUAUAACUUCUGAACCUGUUACCAAAUUAGCUCUCUUACGUGAAACGUUUCAAAAAUUUAUGUUUCAGUUUUGUCAACCAGUCCAAAGUUCCUCGGAAAGCCAAAUAAAUCAAUCUAUUCCACAAAGCAUGAGGUUGAGGAAUCGUAAACAAGAAAAUUUUGUGCAUCAUUUUUUUCAAAAUUUGACUCAUCAAAUCGUUGAAUUUAUCCUUAAUCAGUGCUUGAAAUUCAAACCAUCCAGCCGAUUUUCAUUUACAUUAUUAAAAGAAUCGCUCGAUUUACUUCGUUGUGUAGUUAUCGCACUGCAUGAGGAAGCUGCCUUCUUGUCUUAAUAACUCUGAAACCAGAGUGCAUUUUGGAUAACAUUACCAUAGACGGUUAUCCAAACUGCUAUGCAUUUCUAUCUUUUUUUUUGUUGUUUGCUGAAUAUUCUUUUCGUGUACUAGCAGCAUCUUUUCUUUUUUUUUACAUAACAAUCGCCAUGUGCUUAAAGGUUUAUUUAUAUUACAAAUGCAUAUAUCAUUUCACUAUAUCUUCUACACAUGGAUAGGAAUUUCUUUCUUUCUACCUAACCCAACGGUGCUUGGACUGUUUAACUUUUUUUUUUGAUGUGUUCUUUUUUUUGACUGUGAUUCUUUUUUUUGACGUGUUCUCUUUUUAUUGUGAUUCUUUUUUUAUUGUGACUUCUUUUUUUUUUGGUAGUUUCUAUGUAGGUUAAGCUGUUUUUUUAAGCCAUUAUGUACCAAAUCAUGGGGUUUUACGCAUUAUAAUAUAUUUAAUACUUUUUAUAUUUUGGGUGUAUACACCAAAUUAAUUUUCAUGUAUGAGAAAUUCUUUUAAAUAAAAAAAUUUGUUAUAGAAUUGUACGCUA